UAUUGGCUGCCGCGGUUCUUCUUUCCUGCGCGCGCAGGUUGGAAUGGGAAUAAGGAAGUAAACAAUGUCCGCAGAAGGUUGAGCAGUGUGUUCAUGGAGAAGCGAGCAAAGUUUUCGUAGUGCUGUGGAAGUAGCCGUUACAAAUCAACCCUGUCGAUCUGGAGCGGAUGCUCUCUCAGAUAAUCACGGUAUAGUUUGCUACUCUUCCAGUGCCAAUAAGCCUAAACAUCAUAAUGAUGGCAACUCGGAACAACACAGCCAGUGCUGCUCCAAACAAUAAGGUCAAAUACUCCAGGCUGGCAGAUAGCGAUGAAGGAUACAUUGAUCUACAGUUCAAGAAAACACCACCUAAAGUACCCUACAAGGCUAUUGCCCUGGCAACGUUCCUGUUUCUGGUUGGCUCUAUAUUGAUUGUUGUUGGAUCCCUUCUUUUGGCUGGAUACAUUAAUGUCGUGUACCCAGAUCGCACGAUUCCAGUUCUCAUCAUCGGCAUCCUGAUCUUUCUUCCCGGAUUCUAUCAUCUGCGGAUUGCUUAUUAUGCUUCCAAGGGUUACCGUGGUUAUUCUUACGAUGACAUCCCAGACUUUGAUGACUGAACGGAUGUAGUCAUACCGAAUGCUGUUACUUUCAUGUGUUUUCUGCAGAUGUUGCAUGAUUUGCCAUUAGACUUUCAUUCUCUGUUUUCUCUAGGAGAGAAACUGAGGCACACUGUGCUUUAUUGAGCUGAAUAUCUUUAUUUUACCAAACGAAAAAAGAAGUGCAAUAUUAAGCAAAAUAGAGUAUUUAUUUAGCUAAAUACGUAAAAGGCCAACAAGAAAUAUGCUGAUAUUUUCGUAGCUUUUAUAAAACUUGAAAAAGUAUUGUUUUAAAAGCUAGAAAUUGUAUGUGUUUGUAAUGGAGCAUGUUAUUUACUGUAUAUACACUAUAUCAGCCAAAUGUUUGGGCACAAAUUAGAUAUGUAUGCCAAAGAUAACAAUAAUAAAGAUUUUCUUUCUUUCUUUCAUAUAUUUUUUUUUUUAACUGGAUAAGUUAGUCUGGAAAGUGAAGAAAAGUAGCCAAAAAGUAAUGCAUUUAUUUAGUAAAACAUUUAUUUCAUGUUAAGUAUAGUUCAAUUCUAUUAACGUAUUUACUGGCAUAACGCUUGGGCUUUACUGAUAUACAAAUUAUAAGUUGGAGUACUACUUUUCUUAAUAUUAAGCCUAAAAUGUGGCUUAAUAUUAAGAAAAUCUGCACAUUUCUUAAUAUUAAGCCGAAAAUGUGUUUUAAUGUCACUGUUGACAAGGAUUGUAUGGUCUUUGAAUAAUAUCGAUCUUUGAAUGCAAGAUAUUUAAAGUGUACCUAAAGUAUAAUUGCAAUAGUUCCCCUUUAGCACAAUCUGUACCUAAAAUAUACUUACAGUAGUUCCACUUUAGUACAAUCAAAUAUACUUCAGGAUCUUUAAUUGGACUUCAGCACUACUUCCGCACAAUUAAAGUGCAUGAAGUACAAAAUUUGUUGUUCCUGUUUAGCAGACAAAAGUACAAUUGCAGUUUAUUUUUAUUCAGCACAUAAUUAUGUAAAUAUAUUUGUAGUAUACUUAGCAUUAAAUAAAUGUAUUUCAAAUAUAUUUUAGUAUAUUUAUUUUUCACUAGGGUGGGAACUUCUGUAUUGUUUAAAAAGUAGGUAAGAUAUUUUUGUUGCUUCCCUGUUUUGCUUACUACAUUGUCCCGUGCUUGCAUAUUUGUUAUUUUGUCGUUUUAUUAACCUAUCCAUUAUUUUAAAGUGUGGAAAAUGGUAAGAUUGAGCAGAUGUGUCCAAACAUUUGAAUGGUAGUUGCAGUAUUGUUUUUGUGGAAUAAACCAUUUUAUUCAGUC